AUGAAUGUUGGACUUGUCGUCGAAGCUGGUGGUUUUUUGUUGUUACCGGCGAGUCCUCCUGGUUAUUGUUCAUCUCAAAUCGGUGAUCAUCUUCUCUAUGCAGGCAAUUAUAUUUCACUACCGUGUCCAAUCGGUACAGCACGCAAUACAACUAGUUUUGGCCCGUGUUUUAUUUGUCCUCCUAAAACAAAAAAUAACGGAAGUUCAGGAAUGAAUUGUGAAGUAUGUUCAAGCAAUGAGUCUCUACUUUGUUUACGUGGAACGAAGAUGGAAGUCGAAUGGAACAAAUUGUCGAGUUUUAAUCAAGCCAAUCCCUAUCCGGAUUCACCUGAAACAAAAGAAUUCGAUGAUGUUCUCCUACAAAAUGUAUUCAAAUUUGGUACUUUAUCUAGUCACUGUUUAAUUAUUUCACCAUUAUUUUGGGCAACAUUGGCGAUCGGUUUCAGCUUCAUUGUCGUCAUUAUCAUGGGCAUUUUGGCAUUUUAUCCUAAACAAAAACCUCACCGUACGUUCGUACAAAAGAUCUUCACGCGUAUUGAUCUCAUUGGACACGGUGAACUCUGGCUUGGUGGACUUGUUUCAGUAGUACUCAUGAUUUUGAUUGGAUUCACGUGCAAAUUUAGUAUAUCUUUUUCGAAUCUCUAUCCGAUUGAGAUAAUCUCAGCAAGUACACAUUCGUCUGUGAUAUGCGAUCCGAAUUUAAUCAAUGCAAAAUUUAUUAGUGCGCUUCAACUUCUGUCCAUCCAUAAACAUGAUGAGGAAGAGCCAAUUUUUCGAUUACUCGAUGAACAACAAAUUGUUCUUACAACGCAAUUUGUCAGUACAGAAUUUCAAUGUGAACAUGUUACUAUGCAACGAAAUAUGGAUAAAGGACAACAGACUCUAUCUUCUGAUUUCAACUGCACAACGGAUAAUGAAAGUAAUAUUGUCUCAGUAUCAACACUUCUUCCUCAACAUCUGAUUGUGGUUCAAUUCAGUCUUACAGGAUCAUCAUUUAUCGGUGGUCUUCGCAUCUGUUUCAAUGGUCCAUCAACUAGUCAAAGCAACGGAAAAUAUACUAUUCAGAUGUUCAAUUUUUGUCGAUUCUUUUUCACUAUCAAUGAAACUCUUACGGCAAAUUCGAUUGUCAAUGUUAAAAUGACAAAAGUUAUCAACCGGACAGCACCUUUGUCAAAAAACGAUGAAUCAAUAUUCACGGGACGUUGGCUUCCUACUCUUACCGUGAAUACUCUAGCGGAUGCUCUUCUAUUCGAACAAAGAGGAAAAUAUCGACGCUAUUUAUCAAAUCAAAUCGUACUUGUUGUCGAUCUAACUGAAUCGGAAUUUUACUUAGAAAAUAGUCAAGAACCUAUCGCAAGACCCAAUGAAAUCGUAUUUCAAACUGUUCUAUUUUCGAGUGAGUUCAUCUAUUCUUAG